CCCAUUUUCAGUUUCCUCUGCUGUGCAAGUUCAUACCCACUAGAUGGGGAAGGCAAAGCGUGCAUCUAUAUUUAUCAGGCUCGUCUCAGCAGCCGGAACUGGAUUUUUCUACGUGAAGCGCAAGAAUCCUCGGCGGAUCACAGAGAAGCUUGAGUUCAGGAAGUAUGAUCCGCGUGUAAACAAGCAUGUUCUAUUUACGGAAGCCAAGAUGAAGUGAGACGCUGCAGCCUUUCUUUCUUACCAUAAGACCUCUACCGUUCAUUUUGGUCGAAGACGAUGAUGCUACCUUUAUUUAGCGGGCUCUAGAUAAUUUAGUUUCAUGUAAACAACUCUAAUGAGCACGUUUUGAUCUCGUCAGCACCGAAACAGCAUGGAUUUUCA